CGCACAGCCAGAAGCAUUUCGUGAAACUGGCGAAUCAGUACUUUAUGAAUGCCGCAAUGCAUCUGCGAGACGCAGAGAAGAAGUUGAGACUCGCACAAGGCUUUGAUCGGACGCGGUUCCUGCGUAGCGCUCGGGCAGGUGGCGGCGUAGCGGACGACUUCAGGCAGGAUCCAGAGGGAUUUCUUAUCCGAAAAUUCUUCUCCUGUGCAGCACACUUGCUGUACCGUCGCAGUGUACAAGCGGUGGAAUGUAAAAUACUGUCUACCGGGGGUUCGUCCAGCGGGCAGGGGGCCGCGCCACCCGCGAUUACAGACGGCGCGGAGACGAAAAAAGUGGAGCCUGCUGUUGCCCGGGUAAGCAAAGAAUCCGCGAAACUCUCCACUGUUUCUGUGGCACGGGAGAGACGUCCAACCGCUCCUCUGGAUCCUACGGAACACGACGAGGUGAUUGAUUUUCAAAGGCACUACGCAGAACAAGCACUUCAUUUUCUGUUGCUCGAUGAAAACCUGCAGGACGAGCGGGGAACGGUGGUCGAUUCACGCGACCAAGUGCUUUUGGCGGAACUAGGGUUCGUAUUGCAACACGAAAAAGCGCUAACAUGGAUCCACAAAGCAACGCGUCACAGGCGAACUAUAGAUGAGUCGUCACUAGCCGGGUCCCCGCAGUCAACACAAGGUGGCCGCAUGUCGGGUGCGCUGCAGCUGGCGAACAAGAUGAGUGGGAGCCCGGUCACCGGAAGUGGUACGGAGAAGACUUGGUUUCAGCCGGCUUUGUACAAGCCCAAGCUCUUGUUGGGCAAGCACUACGCGAGUCUUGGCAAUUACAAUCAAGCACUGCAUCACUUCAAAAUCGCAGCGAAAUUCUGUCCAGAGAAACUUUACCUUCGAACGAUGCGCG